GGUACGUGUGAGGGUGGCUGCUCUCUUUGCGCUCCCUCGAAAAGUGUCAGAAAUGAUGGAUUUGUACACUAUUUCAUGGUUAUAAUAUUUUGUAAUUGUGUUUUAUUAUAGGCUGCAACCAUGGGUCGUCGACCUGCCCGUUGCUACAGAUACUGUAAGAACAAGCCAUAUCCGAAGUCACGUUUCUGCAGGGGUGUGCCUGACCCCAAGAUCAGAAUCUUUGAUUUGGGCAGGAAGAAGGCAAAGGUCGAUGAGUUUCCGCUGUGUGGUCACAUGGUAUCUGAUGAGUAUGAACAGCUUUCAUCCGAAGCUCUAGAGGCUGCCCGCAUCUGUGCCAACAAGUACAUGGUAAAGACCUGUGGCAAAGAUGGCUUUCACAUCCGCGUGCGCCUCCAUCCUUUCCAUGUUAUCCGCAUCAACAAGAUGUUGUCCUGUGCUGGGGCUGAUAGGCUCCAGACAGGAAUGCGUGGAGCAUUUGGAAAGCCCCAAGGCACUGUUGCUCGUGUCCACAUUGGCCAGGUGAUCAUGUCUGUACGCACCAAGGCUCAGAACAAGGAGCAUGUCAUAGAGGCCCUCCGUAGAGCCAAGUUCAAGUUCCCUGGCCGUCAAAAGAUCCACAUCUCCAAGAAGUAUGGCUUCACAAAGUUCAAUGCCUGUGACUUUGAUGACAUGAUGCUGGAGAAGCGCCUGAUCCCAGAUGGCUGUGGUGUGAAGUACAUCCCUAACCGUGGUCCUCUGGACCGCUGGAAGGCCCUUCAUGCUGAGUGAUUGCCCUGUUAUUGUGGGGACAGCUUCACAUUUAAGAUGUCAGGCAAUAAAGAAGUGAUUAAACCACAAA